CCAACUAUAGCUCGUAAAAUGCUUCGACAAUUAUCGUUGUUUGCCUGGGCGCUUUGUGCCCGCAGCGUCUGCAGUCUGGACUGCGAGGAAUUAACCGCCCGUUGCCGGGAGUAUGGCAAGCAAGAGCGUCUAACCGUUGAGCGCUUCAUGAGCCUGAGCAUUCCGUGGCCGGUGACCGCGGAGAUCCUGCGGGAGUACCAGCCGGUGGACGAAGCCUUUUGCCGGUACUCCAACCAGAGCGGCUACUGCUACCGCGACCUGCUGACCAGCUGCCCGGAAUUCCUCCAGGACCAUCCCAAGGGAUGGUACGCCGCCGAGAACUACAUCGCCAUGGGCCGUCUCUGCGCGACCAGCAUCGCCCCGGUCAAACACUUUCGCGCGGUCAGUCACUGCCGCCGACACGACCCCAAGUUGCAGCAGUCCUUCCGUCGGGCCGCGAAAACGGCGGCUAAGGACCGGGUGGACGACGUCCCGAUCAACAGCCAUCCGGGGUGCGGUCGUGUGGAAUACUGCUACUUUAACGCGGCGGCAAUCACGGAGUCGAGCGGUCCAGCCGGCGCGGCAAGGGCGGCACACUGUGGCGAGGAGGCCGUGGAGACCAUCCGGGAAUCGGCGCGGCAGAUUUAUGCCGCUCACUGCCUGAACGACAGCGAACGCCAUAACAUCCGAACUGGAGUCCAGCGAUAGAGGCAGAUUCUUAGUUAGCGCGCAUUCUUUGCCUGUCACCACAAAUUCUGUAAUUCUGUGAACAGAGGUCAAAUACAUGAAAAUUCGCAAAUCUGA